AUGUCAAACUUGCCCUUAUUUAAAAGUGUACUCUUUGAAAUAACAAAAAAUAACAUUGGAAAUGCUCUUAAACGAGGGCUUGAUCCCACGUCUCGUCGGUUUCUCGCCGCCAAAUUCAGUGAUCAGCUGAGAAUCGAAAUGCACCACAAUCCGGCAACAGUAGAGGAACAGUUGAUACUGAAAGCAAUAAGAGAAGAAUGCCCAUGGGAGAGUCUUCCCAAGCGUCUUCAAACUACCUUGAGUUCUAAAGAAGAAUGGCAUAGGAGGAUAAUUGAACAUUGCUUAAAGAAACGACUCCAAUGGAACACUUGUUUUGCUCGCAAAGUAUGCAAAGAAGGUGAAUAUUAUGAAGAUAUGAUGCGUUAUCUGCGAAGGAACUUAGCACUGUUUCCCUACCAUCUUGCAGAGUAUGUUUGCCGUGUUAUGAGGGUUUCACCUUUCAAAUAUUACUGUGACAUGAUAUUCGAAGUUAUGAAAAAUGAGCAACCUUAUGACAGCAUCCCUAAUUUUAGUGCUGCUGAUGCCUUGCGACUCACGGGGAUAGGAAGAAAUGAAUUUAUCGACAUAAUGAACAAGUGUAGAUCUAAGAAAAUUAUGUGGAAGCUGAAUAAGUCAAUAGCAAGAGAACUCUUACCUACUGAACCUGUGGACUUUGCGAUUGAGCCGUGGUGGGAAGUUUAUCUUGUCAACUUCACUUUAGAAGAAUUUAAGAAACUAUCAGAAGAAGAAAUGGCGACCAUUGAUAAAAUUUGCAAGGAGGAAGCAAAUUCAUUCAUCCUUUUUGAUCCUGAAAUUGUCAAGGGACUUUUCCGGCGGGGACUCGUCUACUUUAAUGUUCCAGUCUAUCCUGAUGAUCAUUUUAAAGUUUCCAGGCUGGAAGGAUUUGUUUCGAACAGGGAGCAGCUAUAUGAAGAUCCCAUUGAGGAGUUGCUUUAUGCUGUAUUUGUAGUAUCAAGUGAGAAUUCCACUGUUGCUGAACUGGCAACAACAUUGCAGACUGAUCUCUCUCAGCUGCAGGCUGCUGCAUCCUUUGCUUGUCGGUUGGGAUGGGCAGUAAAAAUAAUAGACCCUGCAUCUAUUCUUCAAGAGUCGAUUUUACCUGGCAGUCCUAAAAGUCUUCUCAGUGAGGAAGAUGAAGGCUCCUUUGCUAGUAUGGGCUCAACCAAUCCGUCCACUGCUGUUGACACUGCUCAACAAGGAGACAUUUUGUGGACAGAAAACUAUAGUCCACCUGUUGAUUAUGCUCGUGUUGCUUUGGUUGUUGAUGCUAAUAUAACAUCUUAUCUUAUGAUGGGAUCUGUUUCACCAGGUCUUAAAUCUCAUGCUGUCACAUUGUACGAAGCAGGAAAACUCGGUAAUGCUAGCAUUGCAGAUCUUUGUAAGGAUCUAAGUACACUAGAGGGAACCAGAUUUGAAGGAGAAUUGCAAGAAUUUGCCAAUCAUGCAUUCAGUCUCCGAUGUGUCCUGGAAUGUCUAACAUCAGGUGGUGUUGUUACUGAUGAGGAGGCAACUUUGUUAUCUGAUGUUUCUAUGGUCAAUAGAUAUGGAGGAACAGGUACAAAAGAAUCUAUGUCAAAUAUUGAGGAUUCUGUGGAUUCAAGAAUGACCCAGGAAGAUUAUGAUUCUGCUGAACUGUUAACUGGAAGUACUCGUGAUGAAAAGUUAUCUGCUACCGUAUCUGAGGAGAUUAACUAUGCUGGGGAUUCCAUAUCAAAUCUUUGUGUAUCAAAUGAUGAAAAGUCAUAUUCUGUCGAGGGUUUAGAUGCUGGAAAAGAGAUGGCAAAGAAAAAGAGAAAAUACCGGGUGGAUAUUCUUCGCUGUGAAAGCUUGGCUGCUCUUCCUCCAGCAACUUUAGAUCGUCUAUUUCUCCGUGACUAUGACAUUAUCACGUCCAUGGUUCCACUUCCUCAUUAUUCUGUUUUGCCUGGACCCAAAGGUCCCAUUCAUUUUGGUCCUCCUUCACAUUCUUCUAUGACUCCCUGGAUGAAAUUGGUGCUGUAUUCUGCUGUAGGCUGUGGACCUCUUUCUGUUGUUUUAAUGAAAGGUCAAUGUUUGAGAAUGCUUCCUGCACCACUAGCUGGUUGCGAGAAAGCCCUUGUGUGUUCUUGGGAUGGAUCUACGGUUGGAGGUUUGGGAGGGAAAUUUGAAGGGAAUUUAGUUAAAGGAAGCAUACUCUUACAUUGUUUAAAUUCACUUCUCAAAUAUUCUGCUGUACUGGUGCAACCUUUUAGCAGGUAUGACCUCGAUGAUAGUGGAAAACUUGUUACUUUAGAUGUUCCAUUACCUUUGAAGAACUCUGAUGGUUCAAUAGCAAACAUAGGAGAGGACCUGGGGUUAUGUGGAGGGGGAACCUCAAAGUUGGAUUCACUUUUAAGUAAUAUUUCAAACAGAAUAAAUUUGUGGAGCAUCGGAUAUAUUAGCUUAUUGAGACUUUUUAAAGAACAAGAAUCAGAAAACUUUUCUGUUGAUGGUGAGAAGUAUGAGUGGGUUCCGUUAAGUGUACAAUUUGGCAUUCCUCUUUUUAGUCCCAAAUUAUGUAAAGAUAUAUGUGGAAGAGUGGUUUCUUCUCAGUUACUUCAAACAGAAUUACUGACUGAGCAUCAUGAUGCAAUGCAAGACUUGAGGAAAAGGUUGCAUGAUGUUUGUGCUGAGUACCAAGCAACUGGUCCGACUGCAAGACUUCUUUACCAGAAAGAACAGCCAAAGGAUUCAUCUCAACAAUUGAUGACUUAUGCAAGUGGAAAAUGGAACCCACCUACGGAUCCUUCUUUUCCUAUAUCUGGAGCCUUAAGUGAGCACCAGAGACUGAAACUUGCUAACCGACAGCGUAGCAGCUCCGAAAUUCUGAGCUUUGAUGGUAGUAUACUCAGGUCAUAUGCUUUGGCUCCUGUUUAUGAGGAUGCGACUAGGACCAUUGAAGAUUCCACUUCCGUAGGUACUGCAAAAGUUGAAUCAGAGGAGAUUGAAAGCAAAGAAGCUCGUCAACCUGUCUCCUUGAUAUCUGAGGCCUCUGCAGCAUCUGCUGCUUCUGCAGUCAAUUAA